ACUGAAAUAAAUGUAAGGAAAACGUCAAAAUUUUAUUGCAAAAUUAUGUGAAUAGAAUUAAAAAAGAUAAUUGAUUUGAACAAACCUUUCUAAAGGGUGCAAAUUCGGUGUGACAGUAUGCUUGAGGCCGUGUAAGGUUGUCUCUUUGCUGAAUCUGGCGUAGACCGCGUAGGCCGGCGCUAUGGACGACCUCAUCGACUCGAUAUACGAGUUCGUCAAAGUUCGCCAGCUCAAUAUUGUGAUUGUGGCACUUCUAAGUAUUGUGUACAUGAUGUACCAGUACAGGAGAUUCUUCUUCAAAGGUUAUUACGAUAGCUUUGAUGACGAUGAAUAUGGGGACUACAGACCACGGCUGUCAAGAUCUCGUUCCAGAUCUUACUCAAGAUCAAGGUCCAGACCUAGAUCGACGAGUAGUUACAGAAACUAUAAAUUGGACGACAAUAAAAAUACACGACGCGGCAGGAAAUCUCAAAGACGCGGUCAUGCUUAUAAUGAUUGAAUCGUUUUGUUUUUUUUUUUUUUAAAUUAAUAGUCUACAUUUAUAGUCUACGAAUAAUGUUUUGACAAUAAAUAAAAUCGAUUUCCUACAAA